AUGUCUUCUCUUUCUCGACGUGCUUGCUACAAAUGUGGCAACGUUGGCCAUUACGCCGAGGUCUGCUCCUCCGCUGAGCGCCUAUGCUACAACUGCAAGCAGCCUGGCCACGAAUCCAACGGCUGCCCUCUGCCUCGCUCUACGGAGGCCAAGCAGUGCUACCACUGCCAGGGUCUUGGUCACGUCCAGGCUGACUGCCCCACCCUUCGGUUGAGUGGCACUGGUACCAGCGGACGUUGCUAUAACUGUGGCCAGCCCGGCCAUCUCGCUCGUGCCUGCCCUAACCCCGUUGGCCCCAUGGGCCGCGGUGCCCCAAUGGGUCGUGGUGGUUUCGGUGGCUUCGGCCGUGGUGGUUUCGCUGGCGGUCCUCGCCCUGCUACCUGCUACAAGUGCGGCGGCCCCAACCACUUCGCCCGCGACUGCCAGGCUCAAGCCAUGAAGUGCUACGCUUGCGGCAAGCUGGGCCACAUCUCCCGCGACUGCACUGCUCCCAACGGUGGACCUCUGAACACUGCCGGCAAGACUUGCUACCAGUGUGGCGAGGCUGGCCACAUCUCCCGUGACUGCCCUCAGAAGGCUGCGGCAGCCGCUGGCGAAGUCAAGCCCGAGGUCGACGUCAACGCCGUGGCGGCCGCACCAGUCGCCCCCAUUGCUCCUAUUGCCCCUGUGGCCUAG